GCGCAGCUUCCCCGUGACCAGCCGCGCGACGACCGUCAUCGUCGCGGACCUGUUCCACUGCAUCAACCUCCAACUGCAUCGUCCGCCAUCAAUCAUCAAUCAAUAACCAGUCUCUCUACCUUUUUUUCUCUCUGCUGCUGCUCUGCUCUGCUCCAGACUCCAGUCCAACCGCCCCGGAACACCCGCACUAGCCAGGCCCUGGUCGAUCAUCACCCCCCAGCCUCCCUUUCUCUCCCGCCUUUCGUCGUCUCUGCCCCUCGUCAGCAAUUCUCACUCACUUCCCCAAAUUUCGCUUCGCCUGUCGAGUCCGUCUCAGGGCCCACGCUCUGCUUCUCUUGCUGUCGCUGUCGCUGUCGCCAGGACAUCCUUCCCUUGAUCGAUCGCUGCGCCACGCCCUCGCCCCUCCGUCAAGACCGCUGUGCCUCGGCCUAUGUCGCUCAACCUUGCCGCCUGUCGCAUCUAGACAACACCGCAUCUGCCCUCGCGAAACACAACCCUCCAAAGGGGGUCCCACGGGGAAGCCUGAAAUCUGUUGAUCUUCCCAUUGUCGCACACAUCGAGAGCCAUCUCUGCGCCAUCAUGGCGACUGGCAGCUCCCAGCCGCUUGCGACACAUGCAGCCAUCCAGUCUUUCGCUCAGUCUACCUCCCCGCCAGAGCCCGCCGCGCCCUCGAAAAGAGACCUUGCGUCGUGGUGGAAGACCUUUAAGCGUAAUAACAAAAAGGACGAGGAAACAAAAGGUCGCGUCAACGGCGGCAUCUUUGGCGUCCCGCUCAAUGUCAGCAUCAAGUAUGCCAACGUCGCCAUCUCCCUCACCAAUGACAAGGGCGAGAGUUUCAUCUACGGCUAUGUGCCCAUUGUUGUCGCCAAAUGCGGCGUCUUUUUGAAAGAACAAGCCACCGAGGUCGAGGGCAUCUUUCGUCUGAGCGGCUCUGCGCGACGCAUCAAAGAGCUCCAGGAGAUUUUUGAUUCGGCAGAGCGCUAUGGAAAAGGCCUCAACUGGACUGGGUACACAGUCCACGAUGCAGCAAACAUCCUCCGUCGCUACUUGAACCAGCUCCCCGAACCCAUUGUCCCCCUCGACUUCUACGAAGCCUUCCGCGAACCGCUCCGAAACCAUCAAGCACAGGCCGUCGGAAGCACCGAGUCAAAAGAUGAAUCUGGCGAUUUCGAUUACGAAAAAUCCGUCGCAACCUAUCAACAGCUUAUCCGGGAACUCCCCCCGCUGAAUAAACAAUUACUCUUGUAUAUUCUCGACUUGCUCGCAGUCUUUGCGUCCAAAUCGGAAAAGAAUCGCAUGACCUCGGCCAAUCUGUCUGCCAUUUUCCAGCCAGGCUUAUUAUCGCAUCCAUCUCAUGACAUGGCCCCCAAUGAAUAUAGACUGAGUCAGGAUGUUUUGAUUUUCCUGAUCGAAAACCAGGACAACUUCCUGUUCGGCAUGAACGGCACGGCCUCGGACCCCCAGACUGUGAAGGAGUUCCAAAGCAAUGCCGCUACUACGCCGUCCCGAUCUUCAGGAUUGCGUCGCUCGGCGUCGAAUGCCAGCGGUGGCGCCGAUAGCCUGCGAAAAUACGAGGCCCUUCGUCGAAAUGUGUCCGUCUCAUCUCGAAACUCUGGGAAUACACAAAGCCCCGGUACGCCGACGUCAACCACGAAUACAGUGAAAAGAAGCAACACUGUUCCCUCGAAAAGAUCACCCGCCUUGAUCACUCCAAAACGUGCACACGGCGAGCCGACCACCCCGACAUCGUCCGGAUUGCCUCCUACGAUCGAAACAGAGCAGGUCGUGCACCAUCCCACUGAGCUUCUCACACCUACAGUCCAAGACGCCGGCAACUCUGCGGAUGCUGCUUUAUCUGCACAACUCACGCCAGAGCAAGUCUCCGAGCGUUCACAAUUUUUGGAACCCGUGCCGAACGCGCCCAACGUGGUCGUUACUCCUACCAAAGAGCGCAAACUAUCGAGCUUCUUUACAAAAUCUCCGCCAGCUAAUUCGGAACACAAAGAAACGCGCCAACCGAACCGCCUUAAGAAAAAGCGAAUUCCAGGUAGCGCCAAUGCCAGUGCUCAAAGCUCUAGCCACUCCCUUAACAACGCUGCAGUGAACGAUUUUACACUACUGCAAUCAACAUCGCAAGCGCCGACCCCAGUACCAGCAUCCUCAAACGAAGGCACGCCGACGAUACCAGAGACCGAGCCCGUUCCGCCUGUGACUGAAGGUAGUCACCACCACCAUCAAGUGUCGGAAAGUACAAUAAAACCGCAUCGCUCCCGGUCUCCCUCGAUGCAAUCAAAGACGUCUUAUACAGAUCAUUCAGAACUAGACCAAGGCGAGGAUUCUUUGAAGAAGGAACAUCGACGAAGCUGGCGCUUCCCUCUUUCCAAGCACAACGACCAGCCUACAUCUCCGCCGUUGGUCGGGUUGAACUCCGGCGCCGAAUUCAGCACGAGCUCCAUUGGCAGCUCUACUCAUCCUCGUAGCUUUGCCAACGACUCGCACGCUCCUAGCACAGAUGUUACGUCGACGCAUGACACAGAUGUCGGGAAACCCGUCAGCAGCACGCGCGAUGGCGCAUUAUCCCCAGAGCCCGAAAAACGCAGUAUAUUUGACAAGAUCAAGGCCAAGGUUGCGCCCAAGAAAGACGGAAGUGACCGCGCAAAGAGCCCAUCACGGGCUGAUUUGCCUGUUACGAGUGAGCCUCUGCCGGAAGAAAAGGAGCCGCAAGAACAGCAACCAACAGAUGUUGAGAACAGCAGCGCACCUGCUGCCACUGAGGAGCCCAAAUAA